AUGGUGGUUACUGAAAUCGGUAAUGGCGAAGAAUACGACCAAAUCCAGUCCAACUUCGGGCCUGUGCGUCGAUUCUUGACCCGGUUCGUGUUUUUGACUGCCAUCAUCCCUUGCCUUCUGCUUUUAUGGGCUUCCAAGAUCCAGGGAGAGAUCCUGUUGGCUCUUGGACAGGACGGAAGCUUGGGUGGAGUCAAGCUCUAUCUCGCUUGGUUUGCUUUUGCCAUUGAGGGUCUCUGGUCAGCCGACGCAAUCGCUGCCUCUUUGGUCAAAGCAGCAUCCUUGUUUGCUCGGUAUCGGCCCAGACUUCGGUUACUGGGUGAUAAUGUGCCGUGCGUGGACAUCAUCAUCCCAGUCUGCAACGAGAAGCUCGACAUCAUCCAAGAUACCGUUCGCGCUACACUCAACAUCGACUACCCUGCUCAUCGGUUCAGAGUCAUCGUGUCUGAUGAUGGCAGGAACCAAAAGCUGGAGGCUUGGGUUUUGCAGCUGGCCGCCGACACGCCCAACUUGUAUUACACCGCGCGUGUCAAGUAUGGGCCGGCAGGGUACAAAGCUGGCAACCUCAAUCAUGCAAUUACUGUGUCUGACACCCUGCCUGGUGGGCGGGCUGAGCUUGUAGCUGGGUUGGAUGCUGAUAUGAUUCCUGAAAAGAGGUGGCUGAGGGCGUGUGUUGCACAUCUGAUCAGGGAUCCCAAGAUGGGAGUUGUUUGUCCUGCCCAAUUGUUCUACAAUGUGCCGGACAAUGACCCGCUGAAUCAGCAGAGUUCUAUCAACUGGCUUUGUAUGGACAUCAUCAGGGACCAUGCCGGACUCGGCUGGAAUCUCGGAUCUGGCUGGGUCGUCCGAAGAGAGGCGGUGGACGAUAUCGGUGGGUUUCCUACAGACUGCCUUGUCGAGGAUAUCUACAGCUCCAUGCUGCAGAUGGCAGAGGGGUGGCGUUCUGCCUAUCUGGCCGAGUCGCUUCAGUAUGGUCUGGUUCCCGAAACAUAUGCUGCUCAUGUGAAGCAAUUUGCUCGAUGGGUACGUUCCCCUAUACUUUCGUGUGGUGUCAUCUGUCCUAAUGAUGAGAGCAGUACAUCGGUGGAGCUCAGAUGUUUGUCAACUUCAAGGGAUAUCUCUCCAGCAAACUGA